AUGGCUUGGACUAGCACAUUACCAGCACAUCUGUUGAAUCUCAUCAAAAACUCAAAAUAUGUUCACGUAGCUACCUGUUCUAAAGAUUGCAUCCCUUCGGUGGCAUUGAUGAAUUACAUUUACGUGCCAGGCGAGAAACUGUUUGGCCAAACGGAUAAUAAAAACGAUUACAUUAUAUUUGUCACCCCCCAAGAUACGCAAAAAUUUUACAACAUCAAGGAAAACCCUAAGGUGGCUUUAUUGUUCCAUGACUGGAUCAUCGCUAAUAAUUUGUCUGUGGGGAAGGAAAGCAUCUCUGAGACCCCUACGCCAACAGCCGUCCCUCAAAGCGAACAACAUCAAAGCAAGCUUUUGAACUUGUUGCAAGAGCUAAAUCAAGCUGAAUUGAACCAGAUGAGUGCAUCCAUUGGAGGCGAAACUGAAAUCGUAGAUCCCGAAAGUGAAGAAUCCAAAUAUUACAAGGACUUGAUACUAAAGGCUAAUCCUGACGCGAAGGCUUUUAUAUUUGAAGAAAACACCGCUGUCGUUAAAGUUAGAAUUGAUAACGCCAGAGUAUCCAAUAAUGAGAACAGAACAAUGUUUUUGAGUAAGGGAAGAAGUUAA